UAGCUCUGACCCUCACACCCAAAAAAAGCGUAAGAACUUAUAUAUAAUACCACUCCCAAAAUUACCGCUUCAUAACCUUUCUUCCUUACAAGUUUUUUGAUCUAAAAUCAAAUGGAGAAAUCUGGGUAUGGGAGAGAUGGGAUAUACAGGUCAAUGAGACCACCAUUAGUGUUACCAAAAGACCCAAAUCAUUCUAUAGUCACAUAUCUCUUCAGAAACGCAUCCUCGUACCCAAACAAACCUGCUCUCAUCGACGCAGAAACCUCCGAAACCUUAACCUUCUCGCAAUUGAAAUCCACAAUCGCAAAAGUGUCCCAAGGAUUGCUCAGCCUAGGCAUCACCAAAAACGACGUUGUCCUCCUUUUCGCUCCGAGCUCGAUCCGAUACCCAAUCUGCUUUCUCUCCAUCGUCGCAAUAGGUGCAAUCGCCUCAACAACCAACCCUCUCUACACAACCCAAGAGCUCGCCAAACAGGUCAAGGACUCGAACCCAAAGUUAGUCAUUACCGUUUCUGAAUUGUUGGACAAAGUCAAAGGUUUCAACCUGCCAGCUGUCAUUUUAGGACCAAACUCCAACACCAACCACAACCUUAAUUCAAACCCAAAAGUUAUCCAUUACAACGAUUUGCUAAACCUUAACCAAUCAUCAUCAGAUUCCGAGCUGAACAUCAACAAUGUUAAGCAAAACGAUACCGCCGCGUUGCUGUACUCGUCGGGAACCACGGGGACGAGCAAAGGCGUGAUUUUGAGCCAUGGGAAUUUCAUCGCGGCGUCGCAGAUGGUGACGAUGGAUCAAGAGGUGGCCGGGGAGAGAAACAACGUGUACCUGUGCGUGUUGCCGAUGUUUCACGUGUUUGGGCUGGCGGUGAUUCUGUACGCGCAGUUGCAGGCUGGGAGUACGCUGGUUUCGAUGGAGAGGUUUGAGCUGGAGAAGGUGUUGGCGGCGGUGGAGAGGUAUAGGAUCAGCCAUUUUUGGGUGGUGCCGCCGAUAAUACUGGCUCUGGCGAAACAGAGUGUGGUGAAGAAGUACGACUUGUCGUCGGUGAAGCAUAUUGGGUCCGGUGCUGCGCCUUUGGGCAAGGAUUUGAUGGAGGAGUGCAGUAGGAAUGUCCCAAACGCUGUCGUUAUGCAGGGCUACGGUAUGACAGAAACUUGUGGAAUUGUUUCCGUGGAGAAUCCAAGAGUAGGAAUUCGGAAUACUGGUUCAGCCGGAAUGCUUGCUCCAGGAGUUGAAUCCCAGAUAGUCAGUGUAGAUACAUUGAAGCCUCUCCCUCCUAAUCAGUUAGGGGAGAUAUGGGUUCGGGGGCCUAAUAUGAUGCAAGGUUAUUACAACAAUCCACAGGCCACCAAACUGACUAUAGAUAAAAAAGGAUGGGUACACACAGGAGAUCUCGGAUAUUUUGAUGGAGAUGGGAAUCUUUAUGUUGUUGACCGAAUUAAGGAGCUUAUCAAGUACAAAGGUUUUCAGGUUGCACCAGCGGAGCUUGAAGGGUUGCUUGUUUCUCAUCCUGAGAUAUUGGAUGCAGUUGUCAUUCCAUUUCCUGAUGCUGAAGCUGGUGAAGUCCCAAUCGCAUAUGUUGUACGCUCACCCAACAGUUCACUGACUGAAGAAGAUAUUAAGAAAUUCAUUGCUAGUCAGGUUGCACCUUUCAAAAGAUUAAGACGUGUGACAUUCAUAGAUAAAGUCCCCAAGUCUUCUUCAGGAAAGAUCCUCAGAAGAGAGCUCAUUGAGAAAGUAAGGUCAAAAAUGUGAAAUUGAAGUCAGUUCUAAGUUAGAAUCCAAAUGUGUUGGUGUAGAACUUCUAAGGAAUAACAAUGGCUGCGGUAAUGUACCCCUUCCUGCCCUGCUCCUCCGUACAGUGGAUACAUUUCUUUUUAAACCAGAUUGUGUUGGUCUUAAACUGUAGAAAAUUUUCAUUCAACAAUAAAACAUAUAUAUGAUUACCCUCUUUUUUUUCUUCCUUUUCUUUUGUUGCAAUGUAAGAAUCUGAAUACACUGUUCAGUUGAUGAUAGGAAUUUCUUACCACCUUA